AUGGUGAAUACUUGUAGAAUCAGCUUCAUCAGCAUGGUGAUCCUCUUGCUCUUUAUCAAUCAAUCUGCCCUCUCUUCUUCUGUACGCAUUCGUCUCAUUGAAGGCCGAGUUCUUGUUAACGAGAAGCAACGCGAUCGCCCGACUUAUGAUGAGAUUGAGAAAGCAGACAGGGCACGCCUCGAUUAUUUGUUUUCAAGGAUGAUUGAGGCUGAGACCAAUCUGCUUGAAGUUGAUUCUCGCCCGCUCUCCACGAUGGAUCUUGUUACUAAUAGGAUUCCUUCCUACUGA